CCGCAUUCCGCACAAAGCUUGUCAGCAGACGCGCAACUUGAAGAGUGGGACUGACAACGACUGUGAGGAAACCUCCUUGGUCAUUCCCAGAGGAAUAGCAGGCUGUCGCCAGGGAACAGGGAUGCCUUACAUGUUCAUCAGUACGCAGAUCCGCCUGGAGAAUGGUCCAACUAAUGUUGGAGAUGAAUAUUCUGAUCCAGCUGUCAUGAAUUACCUGGGUGCAAGGAAAACAACCAUGCUGGGAAACAAUUUUUCCGAGUACCAUGUGGACGACCCUCCGCGCUUGGUGUUGGACAAGCUGGAAAAGAUGGGCUUCCGCGUGCUGACGAUGACAGGGGUGGGACAGACCCUGGUGUGGUGCCUCCACAAAGAGAUGGAGUGAUGGGUGCUGCAGCGAGUGUUGACUGUAUAAUUAUACCUAUACGAGCCUUUAAGAAGAUGAAUGAAUUGUGUUGAGGAACUUCAUGUUUAUAAACCAUAAACAUAAUGCUUCUCUGCUCUUCCUUUGUCAACAGAAUCAGCUAGCUGUCAAGGGAAGGUUCUACAGCUGAGAAAAUCCCAUACCUAAGGUUUCAGAUUACCUUCAAUAAGUGAUAGGUUGACAAUAUACCAAAAUACAUUCAAGGGAUUUGCCAGACCCCUUUGACGAUAAUGUUUUCUGUUUAUCAAUAAAGGACCAAAGACAGGGAAUCAUUUCAGACGUCCAUUUCGUCUUUUAAAGUAAAUACAAAAACUUUGUUUGGGAAGUUUGUACUUACAGCUCUGAAGAUGUUUUUCUAAGUGUACCAUAUGCUUAUGAUUAAAUGAUGUAAUGAUGA